AUGGAAUUGGAAUCCAAGAUUCCAUUCUAUGGCCUUUGGUUGCCAAAUGGACGGGAUUCAUUUCUGGGUGAAAAGCUCUUGGUGAAGGUUGGAGUCAAAUCCUCCAUUGGAACGAUGAGGCUUCAAAUGAUGCUUGGAUAUGUCAUGUUUAUGUUUGGCAGUUUGUCCAUUGCAUUAGGCGCCUUCGUGGGAAUAAACAUCGGAACCGAUCUUUCCAACCUCCCAUCACCGGAGGAAGUGGUGGCAAUCCUCAGAUCCCAUCAAAUCACACACAUCCGCCUUUUCGAUUCCGACAACCACCUACUUAGUGCACUUUCCGACACCGGAAUCGAAGUCAUGGUAAGUGUAACAAACAACGAAGUCCUCCGCAUCGGUCAAUCUCCAGCGGCCGCCGCCUCAUGGAUCAACAAAAACGUAGCGGCAUUCGUCCCCUCCACCAACAUCACCGCCAUUGCAGUCGGUAGUGAAGUCCUCUCCACCAUUCCCAAUGCCGCCCCGGUUUUACUCCCCGCCAUGAACAACCUCCACAAAGCCCUAGUUUCCUCAAACUUAAACUACCAAAUCCAAGUUUCCACCCCGUUUUCCAUGGACAUGAUCCCGAGGCCAUUCCCGCCAUCCGCCGCCACUUUCAACACCUCAUGGGACUCCACAAUUUCCGGUAUCCUUCGGUUUUUAAGCUCCACAAAAUCGGUUUUCAUGUUGAACGCGUAUCCAUACUACGGUUACGUCCAAAGUAAUGGAAUUUUCCCGAUUGAAUACGCGCUUUUCAAAUCACUUUCACCGGUCAAACAAAUCGUUGACCCGAAUACACUCUUCCAUUACGAUAGCAUGUUUGAUGCUAUGGUGGAUGCGACAUAUAACGCCAUGUCAGCAUAUAAUUCCUCGGGGAUUAUUCCAAUUGUUGUGACUGAAACUGGGUGGCCAUGGGCGGGUGGUGGUAAUGAACGUGAUGCCACGGUGGAAAAUGCUGAAAUUUUUAAUAAUAAUUUGAUAAAACGGGUUUUGAACGGGUCGGGCCCGCCUAGUCAACCGAUGAUUCCGAUGAAUACGUAUAUUUACGAACUGUUUAAUGAAGAUAAUAAACGGGGCCCGGAAUCCGAGAAAAGCUACGGGGUGUAUUUUAGUAAUGGAAGUUCUGUUUAUGCCCUUGGGUUGGAUAUAUCAGGGGGAAUGACAGUGAAUGCUUCUUCUGGUGGAUUUUGUGUUGCUAGAAGAGGAGCGGAUGUGAGUAGCUUGGAAGACGGUUUGAAUUGGGCUUGUGGGCCCGGCCAGGCGAAUUGUAGUGCGAUUCAAUCGGGUCAACCGUGUUAUAUGCCGGAUACGAUUGAAAAUCAUGCUUCGUUUGCUUAUAAUGAUUAUUAUCAGAGAAUGCGGAGUGUUGGUGGGACGUGUGAUUUUAGUGGUACAGCUGUAACUACCAUGGUUGAUCCGAGUUAUGGAUCAUGCAUAUUUACAGGAAGUACAAAUGCUAGCAUUGGUGGAUUGGUUCCACCUGCAUUUGGGCCAGUGGGGCCUACAGGAGCAAGCAUAUCAUGGCGUCAACUUCCUCACAUUUGGUGUUUAAUUUUGGGCACAGUUGUAUUGUCAGUCCUGUAGAUUUUUGGCUUUCUUGUAUAGCUGAUAUUCAGGCUCUUAGUGUUUUAAUGCAGAGUGUUGAAUAUGAUGAAAUUCAACAGGAAUUCUAGAUUAAAUUGGUAAAGGUUUAGUUGUGAUUGCCGAAUCUUGGGGGUUUUUUUGUUGGUUUGUGUAAUGUGUAAGUUAUUGAGGCUCGUUGUGGGGUUUUGUAGCCUGUAGCGAAGUCAUUCUAUGGGAGUAUGAUUGUAUGGUGCAAAGUGACGAUGAAAUAGUUAAUACUUAAUAAUGUGCGAUUCAUUUAACUUCCCAAAUUGGCAUUUUAAUUGUAUUGAUU